AUGCACCCUCAGGAAGUCAUCUUAAGCCUCAUACUGCUUCUGACAGAUGCUGUAGUUUCUUAUACAAAAGUGAGUGGGAUGGUGGGGCAGCCUGUCACGCUGCCCUGUACCUAUUCAGUGGCUAACGGAAAGGUCACGUCCAUGUGCUGGGGCCGAGGGGAAUGUCCUAUGUUUAAAUGCUCAGAUGAUAUUAUCUGGACUGAUGGAUCUCAAGUCACCUUUUGGAAGCACAUGCGUUAUCAGCUAAUGGGGAAUCUUUUGAAAGGGAACGUGUCUUUGACCAUAGAGAAUGCAGCUGAGGCUGACAGUGGCCUGUACUGUUGCCGUGUUGAACACAGUGGGUGGUUCAAUGACAUGAAAGUCACCUUGUCACUGGAGAUUAAACCAGUAGCUACUUCACCUUCUCCAAUUCAGCCAGCAGAAACCCAGUCUACGACACUGUGGGAAACAGGGACACAGCCCACCAGCUCACCGUUGUACUCUCACCCAACAGAUGGGAAUGGCACCGUGACACAGCCUUCGGAGGGCGUUUGGCAUAACAAUCAAACUCAAGAGUCCUCAGCACAAAAUUCAUGGAUGACCACCACUAAGGGAAUCUAUGUUGGAAUCUGUAUUUUUGCCUUGAUGUUGCUUGCUGUUUUGGUUGUCGUGAUCGUCAAAAAGUAUUUCUACAUCAUAAACAAGAUGCAGCAAGCACGGACGGUUAUAUUCAAGGGCCCUCAGACUAGAGCUUUGCAGAGUGCUGCUGAAGUGCGAGUCCGAGCCCAAGACAAUAUCUACAUUAUUGAGGAUAAUCUUUACGUCAUGGAUUAA